AUGGCUGCCAUGCGGUCUCCGAUCAUCGGUCUCCUCCUCCUCCUGCUCCCAAUCGCGCCGUCUUCCUCCAUCAAGUUCCCGCUCGAAGGCAAUGUCUACCCUGUUGGCCACUUCUAUGCUACGUUGAACAUCGGUGAACCCGCGAAGCCCUACUUCCUGGAUGUCGACACUGGAAGCAACCUCACCUGGCUGGAGUGCCACCACCCGGUCCACGGCUGCAAGGGCUGCCACCCGAGGCCACCACACCCAUAUUACAAGCCAGCAGCUGACAAGUUGAGGGUGCAAUGUGGUGGCCCGCUAUGUGCUGCAAUGCGCCGAGACGUGCCUGGGAUCCCUGAGUGCUCCAGGAAAGAUCCACAUCGAUGCCACUACGAGAUUCAGUAUGUCACCGGGAAGUCAGAAGGUGACCUUGCCACUGACAUCAUUUCUGUCAUUGGGAAAGACAAGAAAAACAUCGCUUUCGGAUGUGGAUACAAUCAGGAGGAACCAGCAGACGCACCGCCCUCGUCGGUAGAUGGCAUCCUUGGACUUGGGAGGGGAAAGGCAGGCUUUGCCGCACAACUCAAGGGGCUAAAGAUGAUAACAGAGAAUGUCAUUGGACAUUGCUUCAGCGGCAAAGGAAAGGGCGUCCUCCUCGUCGGGGACUUCAAUCCGCCGUCCCGUGGCGUAACCUGGGUACCCAUGAGAGAAUCCUUGUUUUACUACUCACCUGGCCUAGCAGAGCUGUUCAUUGACAAACAGCCGAUAAGAGGGAAUCCAACAUUUGAGGCUGUAUUUGACAGUGGUACCACGUACACCUUCGUGCCUGCCCAGAUAUACAAUGAACUUGUUUCAAAGGUUAGAGGCACUCUCAGUGAAUCAUCACUUGUAGAGGUGAAGGGUCGUGCUCUGCCUCUAUGCUGGAAAGGGAAAAAGCCAUUCAGAUCUGUCAAUGAUGUGAAGAACCAAUUCAAGGCACUGUCACUAAAAAUUACCCACGCCCACGGCACCAGCUACCUGGACAUCCCUCCUCAAAACUACCUCAUCGUGGAGGAAGACGGGAAAACGUGCUUGGCUAUCCGCGAUGCCUCGUCGGAUCCUGUUCUGAAGGAACUGAACUUUAUCUUGAUCGAAGCUGUCACGAUGCAGGAUCUGUUUGUGAUAUACAACAACGAGAGCAAGCAGCUCGGAUGGGUCCGUGCACAAUGCGACAAGGCGCAGGAGCUUGAAUCCGUCAUCCAUUCGCGUCUCUGA